CGAUGUUCACCUACAUGAUUGCUAGCUCCAAUCUCUUGCCGUCGUACUACACCUCGCAUGCGCCCGAGGGUCAACCUCGCCAUCGACAGAUGGUGGCCCAGGCAGACUGGAAGUGGGCCGCACAACAAUUAGCACAGCCCGGUACUAUGCCUAUUUUACAUCCGCGACCACGGGCGUGGCAAGAUUCCCCAGACUACUGGAGCAUCGGCAUCUGCAAGCAGCUCGAGGAGCUGGUCAAAACUGAGGCCUCCCGCGAAGAAGCGACCAGGUCGCUGGAGCUACCCUCCCUGCGCGCCCUACAGAAAUCUCUUCCGACCAACGCACGAAAGACAAGACCUGCUGCGAUGAGGCAGGCAGCUCUGGUGCCGCAUCGCGUCUUCUACCCCCCCGAUGAGGAUGUGUGGGAAGCCACUGACGGACGGUACAUAACGUCAUCACAAGCUACCGCCAUCCCUGCUCCGGCUGUAGGGUGGACAGUGCGUCUUGUUCAGCCAAGCUACAUUGGCCCGUUGGAAGACGAUCUGCCGCUGGCUGACCGUCUUACACAAGUCGCCGACCAAUGCUGGCUGGCUUCGCCGUUGAAGAGCGAAUGGAAGGAGCAUGCAGUCGGGCCUCAGCCACAACAGUCAACAACGCUAACACAAAUCACUCCGCAGGGGCCGCAUCUUAGUGUAGCGCAUAAAAGGGUGUUCAGCGACAACACUUCGUCCUUUGUCGCCGUCGCUAAACCUGCUCGUGGGCGGCGGAACACGAUCAGCGAGGCGCCACCACCGGUCCCACCGAAGGACACGGUUACAGACACCGCACACCUUGCUGCCUCGCACCAAAAUCUUCCACCAAAACCGCAAUCGAAGUCGUCCACGGACGCCACUAUCUUUGUUUGCGUCUUCUGCCUGCAGGCUAGUGUUGGAACAUGUGCUCACCAAGAGCACACUCGCAGUCAUAGCAAGGUCUGACAUUGCUGUCUUGCCCCUCACUAUUUCUUAUUCACUUAUUGCGCACUAUUACCGUAUACGUCCCAUUGUUGUACACUUACUAGACCUCAUUAUCGAAC